AGGAUUCACACAGGAGAAAAGCCUUUUACAUGUACAGAGUGUGGAAAAAGUUUUACACGAAUGGAUUAUCUGAAAACUCAUGAAAGGAUUCACACAGGAGAAAAGCCAUUCACAUGUACAGAGUGUGGAAAAAGUUUUAUACAAAAGAGUGAUCUGAAAAAACAUGAAAGGAUUCACACAGGGGAAAAGCCGUUUACAUGUAUAGAGUGUGGAAAAAGUUUUACACUAAUGGAUCAUCUGAAAACUCAUAAAAUGAUUCACACAGGGGAAAAGCCUUUCACAUGUACAGAGUGUGGAAAAAGUUUUACACGAAUGGAUUAUCUGAAAACUCAUGAAAGGAUUCACACAGGAGAAAAGCCUUUCACAUGUACAGAGUGUGGAAAAAGUUUUACACGAAUGGAUUAUCUGAAAACUCAUGAAAGGAUUCACACAGGAGAAAAGCCUUUCACAUGUACAGAUUGUGGAAAAAGUUUUACACGAAUGGAUAAUAUGAAAACUCAUGAAAGGAUUCACACAGGAGAAAAGCCUUUCACAUGUACAGAGUGU